AUGAAGAAUCAUACAUUAGUUCACACAGGAGAGCGUCCUCAUAAGUGCACUAUAUGUGGAAAAUCCUUCCAAACCAUCGGCUGUAUAAAGAAACAUACAUUAGUUCACACAGGAGAGCGACCUCAUAAGUGCAAUACAUGUGGAAAAUCCUUCAAAACCAAGAAUGAAAUGAAGGUUCAUUCAUUGGUUCACACGGGAGAGCGUCCUCAUAAGUGCACUACAUGUGGAAAAUCCUUCAAAACCAGCAGCUAUAUGAAGAUUCAUACAUUGGAUCACACGGGAGAGCGUCCUCAUAAGUGCAUUACAUGUGGAAAAUCCUUCAAAACCAGCAGCUGUUUGAAGAAUGAUAUGAAGGUUCAUUCAUUGGUUCACACGGGACAGCGUCCUCAUAAGUGCACUACAUGUGGAAAAUCCUUCAAAACCAGCAGCUGUAUGAAGAUUCAUACAUUGGAUCACACGGGAGAGCGUCCUCAUCAGUGCACUACAUGUGGAAAAUCCUUUAAAACCAAGACUGAAAUGAAGGUUCAUACAUUGGUUCACACGGGAGAGCGUCCUCAUAAGUGCAUUACAUGUGGAAAAUCCUUCAAAACCAGCAGCUGUAUGAAGAUUCAUACAUUGGAUCACACGGGAGAGCGUCCUCAUCAGUGCACUACAUGUGGAAAAUCCUUUAAAACCAAGACUGAAAUGAAGGUUCAUACAUUGGUUCACACGGGAGAGCGUCCUCAUAAGUGCAUUACAUGUGGAAAAUCCUUCCAAACCAGCAGCUGUGUGAAGAAACAUACAUUGGUUCACACAGGAGAGCGACCUUUUAAGUGCACUACAUGUGGAAAAUCCUUCAAAACCAAGGACAGUAUCAAGAUUCAUACAUUGGAUCACACGGGAGAGCGUCCUCAUAAGUGCAUUAUAUGUGGAAAAUCCUUCCAAACCAGCAGCUGUAUGAAGAAACAUACAUUAGUUCACACUGGAGAGCGACCUUAUAAGUGCAGUGCAUGUGGAAAAUCCUUCAAAACCAGCAGCUGUAUGAAGAAACAUACAAUGGUUCAUAGGGGAGAGCGUCCUCAUUAG